AAAAAGUGUCACCACUUGACAGCAGCGACGCCGCGGCGAAAAAGCGAAGCUCGCGCCGACCAUCGAUCUACUCCGGUGGCGUGCAAAUCGUAUUCUUUUUUACGAACGAAAUUGAGUUACAAAACGCGUUUGCGCGUAAUGUCGUUGGUGCUAGUGCAUUAAAAUAUAAAGAGGAUCAUUCAGUGCGUGUAUUUUGUAUGAUGUUGCGUCGUUUAAGUGCUUAGUGCGUUACAUAGCUUCUAUUCUAGUGAGAAGUGUGUGUGAAGUGACUGAGAAAAAAAUCGACGUCUGCUGCCCUCCAGACCCGAUUGCCGAUCGGUGCAUGACUCCCGCGAGACGUGGGUCAUAGAUAUCAUCACGACAGAUUAAAUCCAAACGGCAGCGAUGGCGGACACGGACACAGAGACGGUGCCGAACGGGAACGCGGCGCUCUCUGCUGAAGAGGAGGAUGAGAGGAUGAAGCAGCGGCCCGCGGACAUCGACGCUGACGUCCGCGAAAUGGAGCGUCGCAAGCGCGUCGAGGCUCUCAUGUCCUCGAAGCUGUUCCGUGAGGAGCUGGAGCGAGUGCUGGACCAGCAAGCUCAUGAAGGAAGCGACGCGCCUCUCCUGCAGCGUAUAAGGGAGAUGGUUGGCGGGCGGCUGCAUACUGGCAGCCUCAGGGGUCCAGCCUGCGUGCUGCCCAUCAACGACAUCCGAGGCAUCGAGGGUGUGGGCUACGAGAAGGGCGAGAAGAUACUCCGCUGCAAGCUGGCUGCGGUCUACCGACUCGCUGACCUGUUCGGAUGGACGCAGACUGGUCUAGCCGGUCAGAUAACCGCGCGUCUGAAUACCGCUGUGGAACAAGUCUUGACAACUCCUCGAGGACUACUGCCUCAUGAGGUGACGGCUUCUUCGCUGGUGAAGGUUGACAUGCAGGGUGUUGUGCAAGAUCAGGGCACCACUAACUUCCCCGUCAACCAAGAGGGAUUCUCCCUGCACGCAAGCGUUCACGCAGCACGUCCCGACAUCCGCUGCGUGUUACAUCUUCGUGCACCAUCCGCUCUGGCCGUGUCAGCCACCACGGGCGGUGUGCUGCCGUUGUGCCACGAGGCUGCGCUGUUGGGACCCAUCGCCUACCAUGAUCCGCCUUACGGCGUCCUCGACAACGAGGAGCGCGACAAGCUGGUCCGCGCUCUCGGGCCGACCUCCACCGUGCUGGUACUCAGCAGCGCCGGCGCCCUCUGCUGCGGAGCGACCCUCGAGGAGGCCUUCCACCAGGCGCGCCAUCUGGCAGCCGCCUGCGACGUCCAGCUGCGGCUGGCAGCCGUGCCUCGAGCCGAGCUGCGGCCGCUACACGCCGCCCAGCAGGCACAGAUAUUCGAAGCGUCCCGCAAGCCGCCCUAGACACUAGGGCGACACGCUAGGGCGGGCGCCCGCGAGCCGCCGUCCGACGCGGGCAAGUGGCGCGUGGGCGGCGAGGAGUUCGAGGCGCUCAUGCGGAUGUUGGACAACGCCGGCUUCCGCACCGGAUACAUCUACCGCCACCCGCUCGUCAAGAACGACGUACCGCGACCUAAGAACGAUGUGGAGGUGCCUCCUGCUGUCUCCUCGCUGGGAUACUUGCUGGAGGAGGAGGAGCUCUACAGGCAGGGCCUGUGGAAGAAAGGCCAAGGCAAGACCGGCGAGCGCACGCGCUGGCUUAACUCGCCCAACGUGUACCAGAAGGUCGAGGUUCUGGAGACCGGCACCAGCGACCCCAAGAAGAUCACCAAGUGGGUGGACGCUAACAACGAUGAGUGGGUUCAGGAUGGAUCGCCGGCGCAUUCGAGCACGCCAGUCAAGAUUGAUACACUACAAUUUGUGCCCAAAAACACGAACCCUAAGGAGUUCAAGGCGUUGCAACAACAGAUUAAAGAGAAUCGUCGCGCAGACAAGAUAAGCGCCGGACCUCAGUCGCAUAUCCUCGAGGGAGUCACUUGGGACGAAGCUAGCAAGCUGGUGGGAGAAGACGCUGCCAAUACGCACACUGGGGACCACGUGGUGCUCAUGGGCGCAGCAUCCAAAGGCAUCAUCCAACGAGGGUACCAGCACAACGCGACCGUCUACAGCGCGCCGUACGCUCGCAACCCGUUCGACCACGUGACCGACCGGGAGAUCGACGAGUACCGCCGCGUGGUGGAGCGCAAGCAGCGCGGCAACGAGUAUGACACCGACCUGUCUGAAUCUGAGGCGAUUAGCGCGGCGCAGAUAACUUCUCCCGCCAGCGCUCCUUCGGAGACCGAGGAAGAGUCUAGGGAUGAACACCGAGUGCUGAGAAUAGAGACCAAGCAAGCGCCAGUGAGGAGUCAACCGGAGGUCGUGCUGAGUGAUGGCGAGCACACUGUCAACGGGGAUCACUCGGAUGCGCACCAGAGCACAUUUUCGCAUAGCAGUAAAGAGGGAUCACCCUCCAAGGAGGUGUCGACGGAGGACUCUCCUAAGAAAGAUAAGAAAAAGAAGAAAGGCCUGAGAACGCCCUCCUUCUUGAAGAAGAAGAAAGAGAAAAAGAAGGACAAGUCCAGCACGCCACAGCCCGCCUAGAGAUAUAACUACAAACACACACUGCCAUCUCGCUUUCAAGUUUUACUUGUAUUUUAUAAAUAAGGUUCCGGUUCGCCUCGAUGUACUAAGCUUAGAGUGAGCUAAUAGGCAAUCGCAUGCUAUCUCUUUCACACCAGUUAAAAGUCUUAUCAAAAUCGGUACAGCCAACCACCAAGACUUAUUUUGAGCUUCCUUUAUUACUGUCCAAAAGGUAAUUUUUUAGUAGUUUUUUACCCAAUUAUUUUAAAAUGUAUUUUGGUUGUUUUAGAGAUAGGAUGUGUUUGAGUUGUGAAGCGCAGAAAUCUAAUUUGUAUUUUGAAAUCAAUUCAAUGUAUUUUUAAUUAAAACACCCGAUUUACAUUUUUUAAAUUACUUUUUAAGUGUGCAAUAAAUAGCAAAAUAUGCAAUUUCAAAUGUAAAAAAAUGAAAAAAUAUGUUGGAUCGAUAUCAAAAACAAAUGUAAAAUCGACCCCGUAGUGUCUUGUAUUCGCAAAAACUGUCUCUUAGCUGUGUGUAUGAUAUUACAAUAUUAUAUUUAUAUGAUAUACAAUACCUGAAACAUUUGCAUUUAAAAUAUGAAAACAGUAAAGUUUAUUUUUUAUUUAAACGCAUAUUUUUGAAAUAUUGAAUAUUUUUUGCGCCACUCCUAAUUUAUUAUAAAAAAUAUUUGACAAAAUAUAUUUUUAAUAUUAAAAUGCAUUAGCCUGUUCUUUGCAAAAACCUAAAACAGACCACUAGCGACAUUUAGUGAACAUAUUUUUAUUUACAUUUCUUAAUUUUUCUCUUUUAAUAUUAGCCAAUACAUUUGGUUGAGAGCGUAUUUACAACGCUGUGUGUGCGUACACGUACAUAUAUUUUGCACUACUUAUUAUUUACCUACUUUAAUUUUAUUAAAAGUCUUUGUAUUGAAAGGUCUUUUCGUAUGGUUUUUGUGUGAAAUGAACUCGAUUGUUUGAUUGUUCACUAAGCCUAAAACUAAAUUAGUUGUUUUCUGCUUAGAGACUAAAAAGACGAAAAAGGAAAAACUAAAAAUGAAAAAUCAGUGUCAAGUUUUAGUUUGGAGAAACUAAAUCUUAUUUCUAACUUAAUGAAACUAAAAUUAGUUUAGUGUCCACUAGAUUUAGUUUAGUGGUGAUCCACUAAAUUUGUUUUAGUGUUCACUAAAUGUUAACUGUAAUACCGUAAUUAAAAUAAAUAUUACUGCAAUAUUAUUUUAUUUUUGGUACAGAAUAUGUAUGUAUACCUGUCUUUUUAUUAUUCUAAGAAAGAAAGAAAUAUACUUUUUUAGUUGUGUUGAACAUCAAAAUUGAUAUUCGUACAAAUAUAAUAAUGUAAUACAAAAAUUACCCACCUAUUUCGGUAAAUGGGUAGCUACGGUUUCAUAGAUGGCGCUUGAAUCGCCACAGCGUAGGUGUUAGUGCUAUGAAAAUAGUUAAGAUUUGCAGAAAUUAAUUUAUUUCGUUGAAAUGAGUGGAAAAGGCGAUUUUUUUAAACACGCGACUUGCCAUGGUCUGUCUUAUGUGGAAUUGUAUUUUUUUACACAAAUACCUACUAAUUUUUAAUUUUAGUUCACAUGCUGUUAAGUGGGGUUUUGAUGGGAAAUGUUGGGACAGUACAUUUUUUUUAUAAAUUAGCAUUAAAAUGACUUGACAAUAAUUUUACACUGUGUCGUUCCAUAAAACUAAAUUUCAGCUUCGAAUUAAUCCAAAAAAAUCUUCAUUUCUUUUUUUCUCAUUUUUUUAAUGUCACAAAAUAAGUCUUAAGCAAUUUACUAACAUAAGAAGGUUAUUUUCACCUCGCCUUUGGAAGUACAAUGAAAAUUUCUCAUCAAAAUCCCAGAGUAUGGCCUUUUGGUGCAUUCUUUAGUGUUACUGGCAUGAAAUGCUUCUUCUACGGGCCGAGACCAUUUUACAAGGCCCUAUCGCCAUUUGUGCUUUUAAAAAUAUUAAGAAAGGUCGAUCACACGAUUUCGUCGGUAUUUCUUUCAUUUUUUUCCAUUUUUUUUAGCGUAAAAAAAUCGAAAAACACUUAAUGAUAUUAACGUUUUCAGUAUUACACGAAAACUUAUGAUUUUACAUAUUUUUUUAUUUCUUACCCGAUGUAAUAUCGUGUGACCGACUGUAUACAUAUAAUUAUUAAAUGAUAAACAAAAUAUAAUAUAUGUUAGCACUCUAUGUAAGGUUAAGAUUCAUUCGGCUAGCCUACGUUUGUAGAUUUUUUAACUUAUUUCAUUUUUUUGGUUUUUUAUUCGGCAACUAAAUUGAUUUUUAUGGGCGAAAUGUAAAAAAAAUGUAAAUCAAAUGAAGAAAAAACGAUCAGAGACAUGACGCCCAGCUUAAUCAGAGGUUGUUGUGUAGGGUCCAUUUUUAUUUGUAAUUUAAACAUAUAUUUUCUUUUAUUUUUUUAGCUCCGGGCCCUACAAUCAAUUUGACAUUACCUAGAAAUAGUCUAGAGUUGUUAAAAUGACAAGUUGAUUUUUAUUAACGUGUUAGUACGGGGUGUAGCUUAAAAAAACUGUUUUUGUCUUGAAUUCUAUACUGUAUUCCAAGAUUCUUAUGAUCUUUAGGUAAUAAAUACAGCAGCAAAUGACGCUACACAUUUUUGUUCAAAAAUUACAACUAAUUAAGAUGCUACAGUGCAUAGUUUGAUUUGCUGCUGUGCUCGUAAAUUGAGAAUAAGAUUUUUUUCGUGUAUAAUUUUUUUUAUAAACGUAAGUUUAAAUUUUUCGCAAAAAUAUUAAUUUUAAAGUUUUUUUAGCACUGGUAACUUUAUUCUACAAUCAAUUGUUUUAAAAGCAUGCAUAGAUUAAAUAAAAUAAAUAUAUAAUGUUAUUAUUUAUUAAAAUAUGCAUGCGUUGUAUAUUAUACGUACGUCCGUACGUAGUUAAGUUUUUGUAACAGAAUGUUUUAUUAUAUAGUAAAUGAUUUAAGCGCCCCGUAUUUCGAGAAUUUAUUUUUAAGAUCCUAUUUGUAAUCUUUAAAAUUAUGACACCGGCAUUUUUGCUAUAUAUGUAUUUGUAAUUGAAUAAAAAUUAUUAGUUUUAA